UCCUUCUCGAUCGAAUUUAAUGGUGAAGGUUUUCCCUAAAACGAGCAAUAGGAAUGGACCCAUCAAAAAGUUGAUCCCUUUUUCUCUUUACAACCGGACUCCCACCUAUCGAAGGCUUCCGGAGCAGCAGUUUCUCAAUCUCUCUGUUCAUAAAUUGGACGGCUCUUCAUUCAAUCUUAAUGUGGCGAGAAAUGCUACAGUGGCCGAGCUUAAAUUUGCUGUGGAGGAGGCGUUUUAAUCAGUUUCCCGACGACGAUAGAAUAAGACUAUGCUACAUAAUAAACUUUGGUUUAUUUUUCUUUUAGAUUUUUUCAGUGUGUUGUGGGUUUUGUGAAAUCUCGAUGAAUCUGUUUUGUGUGAUGUAUGAGGAUGAAAUUGAGAAUUGUGGAUUUGUCCUCCUCUAUAGGCUCUCUUCUUCUUUACAAUCAACAUUUUUAGUAGUGUUUAAGAUUUCAGAAAUUGUGGUAAAACAAAGAAUUUCAGCUGUUUAGAGUCUUUAGACCAAUGGUGUCAGCAGAAUCUCUAGUUGACUGUUGCAAUAUUCAUGCUUCUUUAAAGAUUGAUAAUUGAUGAAUUUUGGCUGUUAUAUGGCCCUUGAAUGGAGCCACUUCUGCUUGUGUUAUGAAGGCCAGAAGCUGAUCCACGACAUUGCCUGCAUAAAGAAAUACGGGAUCAAAGAUGGCGAUCAGCUUCGUUUCAUCCAGCACUUGAGAGUAGACCUUGCACCAACACCAGAGCAGGCCAAGGAUCGGAGAGUCAAGUCCAAACGCGGUUCAACUGAGGGGGAAUGACUGAACAAAUUUCGCCGGUAGUCCAUUUUGAUUUCGAGCUUUAUGAUGGGGAUCCUGAUCGGUUGAAAACUGUUGACGCUACACCUGUGUUUCCCAGCUCGUAUAUUGAUCCUGCGUCUUUGAAACUCAAGUACAGGAUCGGGCACGGACUUUUUGGUGAUGUUUGGGUAGCCACGCAUCAUCGGUCCGGAAAGGACUAUGAUCAGUAUCAUGAGGUUGUGGUUAAGAUGUUACAUUCGAUAAAGGAGGGUCACGAAAAUGAGUUUCUUCGUAGGUUCGAAGAAGUAUGGAGGAAUUCAAAGUCCCAAAACUUGCAAGGUGUCUGUUGGUUGCACGGUAUCUCUAUCAUAUCCGGGAAGAUCUGCAUAGCAUUGAAAUCGUACGAGGGGUCAGUAGGUGACAGGAUGGCGCAGAUGAAUGGAGGAAAGCUUUCAUUAGCCGAUGUUCUGAGGUAUGGUAUUGAAUUGGCGAAAGAAAUUCAACUACUGCACCAAAUAGGUCUCCUAGUUCUGAACCUUAAGCCGAACAAUUUCCUUCUUGAUGAAGGCGGCCAUGUUGUCCUUGGAGACUUUGGGGUCCCUUACUUGCUUCUCGGGAUUCCUUGGCGUGAUCCUCAAGUAGCUGUGAGGCUCGGAAGCCUCAACUACAUAGCACCCGAACAAUGGCAACCUGGAGUGAGAGGUCCAAUAUCCUACGAGACUGAUUCGUGGGGAUUCGCCUGCAGCAUUAUCGAAAUGCUGACUGGCACUCCACCCUGGUUCGGGAGAUCCCCGGAGGAGAUGCACCAUUCUGUUGUAGUACGCCAAGAAAGGCCCUGCGUUCCAUGUGGCCUUCCUCCUGCAGUAGAAGAAGUCCUGAAAGGCUGUUUCGAGAAUGACUUUCGCAACCGGCCUCUAAUGUCAGACAUUCUACAAGCAUUUGAAAGCUCGCGAAAGGCUGUUUACAGCAACGGGUCGUGGAGUAACCAGGGGAGCAAUCUGAAUGUGAAUAAGCCACACUGCAGUGGCUAUACCACAUGGUACCUCUCGAAAGAUCGCCUUGAGAUUGGUGAUACAGUUCGUUCGAGGAAGGAUAUAAGCACUUGCAAGCCCGUUAGUUUGGUUGUAAAGGAAGGAGUUGUGGUCGGGCUUGAGAAGGAUGGCGAAAGGGAUGCAUUCGUGCUGGUUCAAAUCCCUAGCAUGCACAAUCAGCUUAGGCUGAAUGCCGUAACCAUAGAGAGGGUCACCUUGGGCUUUGCAUCGGGGGAUUGGGUGCAACUGAUAAAAGGAAACGAGCAGCACGCAUCUCUCGGGAUUUUGCACUACAUUCACCGCGAUGGAACUGCUGGCGCCGGCUUCUUGGGGCUGGAUACUCUAUGGAGGGGACAUUACUCCGAGCUCAGAGUCGUGGAGCCAUUCUCGGUCGGGCAGUCCGUGAGGCUGAAGGCCGACAUCGCCACACCCCAAUUCGAGUGGCCUCAUAAACGGGGAGGCUCGUGGGCGAGUGGAAGAAUCUCGCGCGUUCUUCCGAACGGCUGCCUGGAGAUUAAAUUCCCGGGAAGGCUCGUCCUCGGAGACAACGAACACGCUCGUUUCUUGGCUAGCCCCGAGGAAGUGGAGCGCGUCUCAUUCGACACGUGUCCCGGCCUUUUGGAGAAGUACGAACUGGCCGAAGAUUUUCACUGGGCGGUGCGGCCUCUGGCAAUCGCAUUCGGCCUGUUCACAGCCACGAAAAUAGGCACCUUUGUUGGAAGAAACGUCGUUGGAGGGCUACGGUAUAGAUGUCGAAGGAACCGGAAGCGGAUCGCCGACGCCGGCAAUCAAGAGGGCCAAAGUAAUGGCAACCCAGCAUGGCUCCCUCCAAAAGUUGCUAGUAUCAUCUUUAAAGAAGGCACCACCAUAGCAAGUCCUCGUUGAGUAUCUUUCUCUAUAGGUUUGGUAUGUCUAAGAAUUCUGCCACACUUUUGUAAAUAUAUUGUAAAUUCUAACGAAAAUGUCUGUUUCUCUAUGUAUAUACACAGAAAAACUCUCAUUUGCAAAAAAUAUUCAAGCUGUAUUUGAUUUUUUUU